AUGGUUUGGCUUCUUCUACUUCUUCUCCCGAACCAUGUUAUCGGAGAAGUUAAAUGUCAUUCUUGUUUAUCACACUGUCCAACAAUUCAAGGAUCAAAGGUUGACCCAGUUGCGUGCGAUUGUACCUCGAAACCGGAUGAUAUGUGUAUGGGUGAAGCAUGUUUUGCAAAGAUUGAAAUAUUCUCCGAUGAAAAAACUGCAAUUAUGCAGAAAGGAUGUAUUACGGAUAUACCUGGUGGACAGAAAGGUUGUCAGUAUGCUAGCAACUAUGAAACACUUCACUGCUUCUGUGAAGAAGACGAAUGCAAUACAAGACAUAAGAUGAAUAACUUCAUGACAAAUCGCCUUCCAACGGUAGAAUGUUGUGCGUGCUCGGAACGUCAAGGAGAACGUUGUCCUAGCGAAAAUUGUUUAAGGAAGUGUAGAGGAAACUAUUGUGUCGUUGAUUUUGAUGGUGUUGAACAGGGUUGCGGACUUGGUUUUCCACGAUUACAGUCAUUCCUUAGAAUGGGGAACUACUUGGAUUAUCAAGGAUCUCUUAUAUGUGCAAGAUAUGAAGCGACACCAGCAACGGUUAUGAAUGGAUGCACUUGUACGCAACCGUCAGGAAUGUGCAACGAACUCAACAAGACAAGGAAUUUCCAGGUGAAAAAAGUGAUCGAAAGGCGUCAGGAUGAACAAAACUACUGCUAUAGUCUAAGUCACAAAUCAAGUAAAUCAUUCGGACAAGAGGUUUUCAAAAAGUCGACAACAUGUGAAGGACAAUUCUGCUUUAUUUCACUCACUACAUCUGAAAUCGUACUCGAAAGCGUUGAUUUCAAGCACGAUUUCUCGGAACACGAUGAAUUUGUUGGAACAACGAGGCCUCGAUUCGAACUUUUAGCUGGUUGCCUCAAAGUUGACGACGAUAAUAAAAUCAGUCUCGGAUGUACUACAGAAUAUUUGAAAAACACGAGCGAACCUCUAAGUAAGCAUUGCAUAUGCGAUAGUCAUCUCUGCAAUUUCCAUCAUUUAGUCAGUGGAAUUCAGGAUUCACGUCCCAGAGCUACUAAAAAACAACAGGAAGAAGGCGAACGCAAUCAGAAUUCCAUACCGAGAACUCCUCCUCAUCUUACAGUGAACAAUCUUGCUGAUUAUAGAAUUGCACUAAUACCUUUUAUCCCUCUAAUAAUCCUGCAUAUUUAA